AUGUCGGACGUUCACGUCUCUUUUAACCUGGCCAACGAUCAUUUCAAUGAUCAGGAGGUAAAUCGCUGACCUUUUUUGUACUCAAUUGUUAGUUUUGUUUCAGAUGUUCCUCCCACCAGCGCCGCUUCUUGCUGGAGCCCACGUUUCUGGGAUCAACGCCUACCAUGAGCUCUACCGCAAUUCUAUCAACAACACCGACGAGUUCUGGAAAACCGUCGCUAGCGAACUCUAUUUCGAGCGUAUCUCGAACAAGGUUCUAUUACUUCCCUAUUUGAAAUUAUACGUUUUCUUAAGGGCCUCGAAUGGAAUUUCGAUCAUAAGACCGGUCCGAUUUUUUGCAAAUUCAUGGAUGGCUCCCUCACCAACAUCUCCUACAACUGCUUGGAGCGAAAUAUCAAGCGAGGGCUUGGUGGAAAGGUGAAGCCGUUUUGAAAAAUACGAUUUUUUCAUUUCGGAGAAAUGGGGUUUUUUUGUUAAGAGAACGUGUAAAAAGUGAAUCCCUCGGAAAAAAGCAUUUUUAAGACCUUUCAAAACAUACGGUCAGGUUUAAUGUUUGUUGCUAUUAUUGUGUUAAUAUACAUUUGUAAAAAAGAAUUGAGAAAAUAAUGUUCAAAAACUUUCAUGUUUCAUUUUUUUUAAAGUUUAAUUUCCGAAAUCUAAACAAUCUUUGAAUUUGAUCGAUCUGAAUACAUAUAUUGUAGAGAAAAAUGCUUUAAGCUUUUUUUUUGUUCUUUUUUCAUUUACUAUUUGAUAAAAUAUUCAUCUAAGUCACUUUUCUGAGUCCUUGCCUAUUUCUUCAAAGAUGUCUUCUAAUAUUUCAAGUUUGGUUUUGCAGAUCGCUUACCUUUGGGAAGGAAAUGAGCCAUCGGAUACAUCGACGAUCACUUAUCAAGAGCUUUUAGAUCAGGUAUUUCUUAUUCGUCAAUUUUGUAGCCCAUAUGGUUCAUGUUUCAGGUGAUCAACUUCUCUGCCGUCCUCCGCGCUCAUGGAGUCAAAAAAGGAGAUGUUGUUGCAAUCUACAUGCCUAUGAUAACUGAACUGGCUGUGGCGAUGCUCGCUUGCACUCGAAUCGGUUUUCUCACGAUUUCCUUCGUUUGAAAGUUAUAUUUUUGAUUUGCAGGUGCCAUGCAUUCGGUGGUUUUUGCAGGCUUCUCUGCUGAAUCGCUUUCCGCCAGGGUCACUGAUGCAAAGUAUGUAGUUUUUUUUAAAGUGACUACUCAUAGCGAGAAAAGUUGCUGAAAAUUUGUUUCAAAAAAAACUUUUCUUCGAGAAUUGGUCCAUUAUAAGUUUUAAUACUGAUUUCCAACAUUCGUUCAAUUAUCCAUAAAGCAUUUUUUCUCCAAAAGCAGUGUUCAAUUUGAGAUGCCGAGUGAUCUUGACUUCCGACGGCUUCUACCGCGGUGCCAAGGCGAUCAACCUGAAGGAAAUCGUCGACAAAGCCGUCCAAAUCGCCUCGGCUGACGGCGUCGACGUCACCUCCGUCAUCAUGGUCGAGCACGCCAAACGCGUCACGAUCCCUGAGGGAGCGCGACCAAUCAACGUUAGUUUUGAAGAUUUUCGGCAGCUGAAGGAACAAAAACUUUCAAAGUUUUUUUUUUUAAUUUUUCGAAUUUCCUGGUUCACACAGGAAAAGGGCAAACACUUAUCUAUUCAAAAAAAUCGUCUGAGUUCCACCAAAAAAAUUUUUUUGUAGACCGUUAAAAUUGAAAUGAAAUAGUUUUUUUUAAACAUCGAAUUUUUUUAAAUGUCAAACUCCUCCGUUUAAUCAACUCUGAAAAAAAUAAAUUUAAUUUCUCUUUCGAGUUUUUAUGAAAAAUUUUCAAAAAUAAUUUGAGAGCUUUUGGAGAGGAAUUUUUCUGUUGAUAUGCUUUUUUUAUUUUUUUCUCUUAAAGAUUUGAAUUAUCGAAGAAUUUUCUGUUGUAAAAUUUUAAAAAUUUAAUAAAAAAAUAAUGGAAGUUUUUCACUUUUUUUCCUGCUUGAAAAAAAUUCUUGAACUAAAGGUCGGCAAGCUCUCUUCGAUCUACUCGUCCUACGAGUCGGAGAUGUCGCGUCUGAAAGGAACCGAUUCUCCCGUCGAAUGGAUGGAAGCCGAAAGUCCGCUCUUCCUUCUCUAUACCUCGUGAGUCUUUUCUUCAGCCCAAGAUUUCACGGCCUGCGCAUAUGUUAUGCGGUGGCGUUUCGGAAGGCGCCGCUUCUCCUAAAUCGAUACAAGAAUGCUAGCUUGCUGCAAAAAAUGAAGGAAAAAAAGAGAAACGCGUCUAACAAGAAAGAUUAUCUGAGUCGAAGUUGGAAUUUCAAGUGGAUCAACGGGCAAGCCGAAGGGAAUUCAACACACGACGGCUGGCUACAUGUGCUAUGCUUACCUUACCACAAAAUGCACUUUCGACGCCGAUUUGCAAAAUGAUGUGUAUUGGUGCACGGCUGAUUGUGGAUGGAUCACAGGCCAUUCGUUAGUUGGAAAGUGGGAGAAACGAGGGAAAUUUAUGGAUCGUUAGGUACCUUCUCUACGGUCCUCUGCUCAACGGACUCACUGGCGUCUUCUUCGAAGGCGUUCCGACGCAUCCGAGUCCCAGCAGAAUUUGGGAGAUCACCGACAAACACCACGUCACCAAGCUGUACACCUCUCCUACUGCUGCUAGGGCGCUCAUGGCUUUCGGCGACAGCUAUCUUCAAAGGUAUUAAAGUCAAUUAUAAAUGAGCGUGUAAAUUUGAUUGGUUUUUCAUUCAAAUCUUACGUAAGUUUUCUGUUGACGGAAGGAAAAAAAAUGUUUUUUUCUGAUAGUAACUUAUCUUUAUUGGAAACGGUGGACAGUAAAUACUUCGUUUGAAAAGAAGAAAAAGUUUUAUAUUGAGACGCUUUAAGCACAUCUCGCAACUCUCUGCGGAUCAUCGGAACCGUUGGUGAGCCGAUCAACCCGUCGGCUUGGAUGUGGCUCUAUGAAAACGUCGGAAACAAGCAUUGCUCCGUCGUCGAUACCUACUGGCAGACUGAAACGGUAGGUUUUUGAAAAAUAUUUAUGCGUCGACUUAAAAAGGGAUGGUCACUUUGUUUAUUCCAAGUAAAUGAAAAGAAAAAAAAUUUUUUUGGGGUUUUGAGCAAAGUUGUCCAAAUCGGGAAUUCUCAGAGUUGUUUUAUUUUUUUAAUAAUCCAAAAAAAGCUGAAAAAAACUACUUUUCGACUCGAAUGGGUAUUUGAACUUCUCAUGUUAUCCAAUAUUAUCAAUAUUUGAUCUAUUUUUUUGCCGUUCAGGGUGGUCAUAUGAUUACCCCGCUCCCUGGAGCCACGCCAAUGAAGCCCGGAUCUGCUACUUUGCCAUUUUUCGGCGUUGCUCCAGUGCUCCUGGAUUCUGAUGGCCGCGUUAUCGAAGGCCCCGGAGAAGGAAACUUGUGCUUCAGCCGUGCGUGGCCCGGAAUGAUGCGAGGAGUGUAUGGCGAUGAAUCCAGGUGAGUUUUUUUUUUCUUGAUUCUCCGAGUUUCGCGAUAGAAAGACUUCUAAAUAAUAUCAGUUGAGUUCAUGAAAAACUAUUAUAAUAAAUUUCCACACUCGCAAAUGUGUGUGCAGUUUAUUACUGGACAUUUUGAUCAAAAAUGAUCUAAAUAGUCUAUUUGAAAAAUUUGCUCCGAAGUCCUUGAGGAAACAUGAAUUUUUUCAUGACAGAAUCUGGGUUUUAAAUUUUGUUUUUUUUUUUAGAUUUGUGAAGACCUAUUUCGCGCCUUUCAACGGUUACUACUUCACCGGCGACGGUGCCCGACGCGACGAAGAUGGCUAUUUGUGGAUGACCGGCCGUGUCGACGACCUGAUGAACGUGAGCGGUCAUCUCCUUUCCACCGCAGAGAUCGAGAGCGCCUUGGUCGCUCACCUCAAGGUUCGACUUCGCAGCUUAGAACUCAGACUAUUUCCAUCUUUCAGGUCGCUGAAGCUGCCGUCGUCGCUGCUCCGCACGAUAUUAAAGGCUCAUUUCCUUACGCCUUCGUCACUUUGAACCACGGAGAAAAACUUACCAAGGAACUCGUGGCCGAACUCAAAGUUCUUGUUCGCCACAAGAUCGGGGCUCUAGCUGUGCCAGACAUUAUCCAAGAAGCGCCGGGACUUCCAAAAACUCGAUCCGGAAAAGUCACUCGCCGGAUUCUGCGCAAAAUCGCCGAAGGCUGCGACACGGGCCUGGGAGACACAACAACGCUUAUCGAUGAAAACGUCAUUAAACAGCUGAUUUCUGGAAGAAACAGCAAGGGAUAA